AUGAAGAGGUUUUUCGGGUUCGGGAGGAAGAAGAAGGGGCGGCCGGCAGCGGGCCGGCAGCGCCGCCAAGCCCUUCCCACCGGUGCCUACGAGCUCCGGCUGCAGGAGCUGGGCAAGCUGCACCGUGCGGCCGCCCGUGGCGACCUGGGUCAGGUGCGGCAGAGACUGAAGAAAUGCGGCAUCGACGAGCGGGACAUGGCGGAGCGGACACCGCUGCAUCUUGCUUCUGCGAAUGGCCAUGUGCAUGUUGUUACAUAUCUCGUAGAAAACAAGUGUAAGCUAAAUCUUACUGACAGUGAUAACAGAUCGCCACUGAUGAAGGCAGUACAGUGCCAGCAAGAAGAAUGUGUAGCUAUUCUGCUAGAGCACGGUGCCAACCCCCAUCUGGCGGAUGCUGACGGCAACACUGCCCUUCACCUUGCUGUCCGAUCUCCUAAUACAACCGUAGCGGGGCUGUUACUUGAGCAUAAUGCCAAUAUUGAUGCUCGGAAUAAGGAGGGAAACACUCCGCUUAUUCUUGCUAUCUCUGAACAUCAUGAAGAUAUAGCAGAGUUUCUUCUGCAGAAAGGAGCUGAUGUGCAUGCUCGAGAUCACUGUGAAAGAACCCCACUUAUGACUGCAGCAUCUGGUGGACAGCUUAAUUUAAUAAAAGUUCUUCUUGGAUAUGGUGCUGAUCUUUUCCAUAAAGACACUAACGGAUGGACAGCUGAGGAUUAUGCUGUUACUCAUGGAUAUUCUAGUCUUUGUAAACAACUGGUGGCAUACGCAUUCCGGGGAGACAGAGACGAAGGUGGUGCACAAGGCGGCACAGUACCUGGCAUUCCUCACCGGGCCGGAGCUGCUGGCUUGACGUUGGGUGCACCUGCUGUGGACAGAGGAGCAAUAGACGGCUUGUCGCAAGGAGACUCAAUCGGGUAA